UAGUAGUUGCCUUUUAGCGUUAAUUCACAUGUUAAUUGGAUUUUGAGAUACCAGUAAAUUUCACACAGAACAAUGGUUAUGUGUGAUUUGGCAUCAGAUUUCCGAAGCAGUAAAUGUUUAUUGGUGUGAAUUUGAGUACGAAAGCGAUGCGUGUUUUUUUUAUAGAACUUUAGCGAGAGAGUAAAUUCGGACCGAGACUAUUUUUAGGUGAACCAAACAUAUUAAUCACCUGGAUUAUGAUGUUGGUGAUACUUUAAUAAUUAGUUUUUUGUUAGUAUAAUUAGUUAAUUGAUGUGUAACUAGCUUGGCAUUAACACACUAUAUGCAACGAGGUAGGUUUUAUUGGGUUUGGAAUUGGGCUGGCCCAUUCCACCUUCAUUGGUUAUUGGUGCACAGCCCAUACAGGCAAGGGAGUUUGAAGCUGUGUUCUUUGAUGUUAUCGAAAUUGAUUGCAGAUGCAGUCCACUAAUUACGAAUUAAGAAACAUAAAUGUAACCGUUCCUGUGAUUAACAAAGAAAAUGUAACGGAGUUUGUUUUGCCUCGGGAAUUCGAAUCUCGCAGAGGGAAAGAAAAGAAAAAACAGAAAAAGGGAACAAUUAAUUGAUUAAAGGUUGGCGACUUGGCGCCAAACAGAACUCACUGUUCACAAAACUCCCUCCACGUGUAGCUCGCGGGAAAGGAACAGCAGGCUAACUAACUUGUAAUGGCAUUAUCGUAAAUAACUUCAAUCGUUUACCGUAGAACCUGCUCUCGUAAAAUGUAGAGCGAUCUUUCGGUGACUUGCGAACGAUUUAACUACGUGCAUUCAUUUUGAUUUCAUAUUAGUUGAUUUUUUCUAAAUAGAAUAAUUUUUAAAAAAAGCACUCGAGAAUUAAAAGCUAUCGAAGACAGACCGAUUUUCUCCAAUUCUAUUCAACUUUUAGUGCGAUCAGUCGUUUAACAUAUCAUUGUCCACUCUAAUCAGAGUAGUAACUUUAGAAUUGGUUGUCUGUACUUUGUGGUCUCUAUAUUUGCUCUUACGACAUAACAAUAAGAACCUAUAAACUACAAUCAUGAUGAUCGGUACACGAAAAGGAAAAAAAAAAAAAAAAACAACACAUAACACUAUCUUUAUCAACUCUCCAAUUAAUUCAACAACAAGAAACCGACAUCAUCGAUCAUCUUCAAUUUCAGACUUAUCACAUAUUUACGAGAUUCAAACCAGACCAUCUAAAACCAUGACAUCAACUUAGUCCAGUCUUUUGGCCACCUUGUACACAUGUGGUGUACAAAUAUGAACAUUCAAACUUUUGAUCCACCCAUAGAUUUUCUACCCAAAAUUUUUUUGGUUCAUCUCACACAAAAAAUUAAGCCCAAAAAUAAGGAUAAAAUAUUUCAAAAAUUGAAAACCAAACCCAAAUUUACACCUGUCACUUGGCAAUUCUCUUUUUCUUUUGUUGCUUUCCAAUUUUCUUUUUCUGGUGGUAAUUUCAUCUCACAAUUUCCAUGGCUCACCUUCCCUCUCUACCUCAUUAUAUAAUCUUCACUCAACCCAAACCACACAUACUCUUCCCACCCUCAUCACUGAACUCUGUUUCGUUUUAGCUCUCCAAAGGUUCCAUCUUUUUCUACCAGAGUGAGCAAAAAACCCCCUGAUUUCAGCCAUGGCUGCUGGGACUGGAGUGUUUGCAGAGAUUCUGGACGGGGACGAGGUUUACAAGUACUACCACGACGGGGAGUGGAAGAAAGCAGCUUCAGGGAAGAGUGUCGCCAUUAUCAACCCGACCACUAGGAAGACUCAGUACAGAGUUCAAGCAUGUUCGCAGGAGGAAGUGAACAAGGUGAUGGAGUCGGCGAAGAGCGCGCAGAAGGCAUGGGCCAAGACACCUUUGUGGAAGAGAGCUGAGCUUCUUCACAAGGCUGCUGCCAUCUUGAAAGAGCACAAGUUCCCCAUUGCUGAGUGUCUUGUCAAAGAAAUUGCCAAGCCUGCUAAAGAUGCUGUUACUGAGGUUGUGAGGUCAGGGGAUCUGGUUUCCUACACUGCUGAAGAGGGAGUCAGGAUUCUUGGAGAAGGGAAGUUCUUGAUGUCUGAUAGCUUUCCUGGGAAUGAGAGGACCAAGUACUGCCUCACUUCCAAGAUUCCUCUAGGGGUAGUUCUAGCAAUCCCACCUUUCAACUACCCGGUGAACCUCGCUGUUUCCAAGAUUGGUCCGGCUUUGAUCGCUGGCAACUCGCUUGUCCUCAAGCCUCCAACUCAGGGAGCUGUCUCAUGCCUCCACAUGGUUCACUGCUUCCACUUGGCUGGUUUCCCUAAAGGCCUAAUCAACUGUGUCACUGGCAAGGGCUCCGAAAUCGGCGACUUCCUCACCAUGCACCCUGGCGUCAACUGCAUAAGCUUCACUGGAGGCGACACCGGCAUAGCGAUCUCGAAAAAGGCAGGAAUGAUCCCGCUACAGAUGGAGUUGGGAGGCAAAGACGCCUGCAUUGUGCUCGAAGAUGCUGAUCUCGACCUGGUAGCUGCCAACAUAAUCAAGGGAGGAUUUUCAUACAGUGGCCAGAGGUGCACCGCGAUCAAGGUGGUCCUGGCCAUGGAAUCUGUAGCCGAUUCCCUGGUCGAGAAGGUCAAAGCCAGGGUGGCGAAGCUGAGAAUCGGUCCACCGGAGGACGACUGUGACAUUACCCCUGUGGUGACCGAAUCGUCGGCCAAUUUCAUUGAAGGGCUGGUGAUGGAUGCCAAGGAGAAAGGUGCUACAUUCUGUCAGGAGUACAAAAGGGAGGGAAACCUCAUAUGGCCGUUGUUGUUGGACAAUGUGAGACCCGAUAUGAGGAUCGCUUGGGAGGAGCCGUUCGGUCCUGUGCUUCCGGUGAUCAGGAUCAAUUCGGUCGAGGAAGGUAUCCACCAUUGCAAUGCCAGCAACUUUGGCCUUCAGGGAUGUGUGUUCACAAAGGACAUCAACAAGGCAAUGUUGAUCAGUGACGCGAUGGAGACUGGAACGGUUCAGAUCAACUCCGCGCCAGCUCGUGGCCCAGACCAUUUCCCCUUCCAGGGUUUGAAAGACAGUGGGAUUGGUUCACAGGGGAUCACCAACAGUAUCAACAUGAUGAUCAAAGUGAAGACCACAGUCAUCAACUUGCCAUCCCCAUCUUACACCAUGGGAGGUUCCUCUCAUACAAGCAAAUUGUGAAGGGUUCUUAUUCGAACAAGAACCAGAGAUUGAAAUAUGUUACCAUGAUCAUCUCAGCACAACCCUGUCAGCAGCAUUCUGUCUCAGAAAUGGAAUAAUCAGGCGUUUCAUACUAAUAAGGCUAUAUCAACUAAAAAACGACCACUGUUCUUUUAUACUUUGAAUAGAUGAAUGUUGAUUGAAAUGCAAUUUCAUGUCAGAAUAUGGUUUCUCUGCAAAUGAAUGAAUACUUUGAGAUAUU